AUGUCCAAAAUCACGCUCGGAAUCAUUGCCGCCGCCUCGGCCGCCACCGGCGCUGCCGCCACGGCCCUCUACCUCUCGGGGACGAAGCCUAAGGCAGCAGCAGCAGUGCCCGCAGCAGUGCCCGCCGGUAUUGCGUCGAAGCACCCGGUGCGGCGGAAGCCUGAGGAGGGCGGCCCGAGCCUUGUGGACCCGACCGGGCUGUUCCAGUAUGGCUUCCCCGGCCCCGUCGCAGACCUAGCCACACGGAAGCUCUACGUCUCCUCCUACGACCGCCGCACCCGGAACCCGCACUGGGUCGCCGAACACAUCACCCCCGAAUCCCUCUCCUCGCGCGACGGCGACCGCGGCAACAGCAAAUUCCUCGAAGACGAGUCCAUCCCACCAAAGUUCCGCGCCCUCCUCAAAGACUACUUCCGCUCCGGCUACGACCGCGGCCACCAGGCGCCCGCCGCCGACGCAAAGUUCUCCCAGGCCGCCAUGGACGAGACCUUCUACCUGACCAACAUGUGCCCGCAGGUCGGCCAGGGCUUCAACCGCGACUACUGGGCGCACUUUGAGGACUUCUGCCGCCGCCUCACGGGGCACUACCCCAGCGUGCGCAUCGUCACGGGGCCGCUGUACCUGCCGCGCCAGCACCCGGAUGGCAAGUGGCGCGUGUCGUAUGAGGUCGUGGGCGACCCGCCGAAUGUGGCGGUCCCCACGCACUUCUAUAAGGUGAUUGUGGCGGAGGAUGGGAAGGCGGGCGGGAGUGUGGCGGUGGGCGCGUUUGUGCUCCCGAAUGCGGUGAUUGGGAAUAGCGUCAAGUUGACGGAGUUUGAGGUGCCCGUGGAGGUGGUGGAGCGGGCGAGUGGGCUGACGUUUUUGGAGAAGCUGGAGGAGGGCAGGAGGAGGGCGCUGUGUAAGGAGGUUGAGUGCUCGCUGGUGAUGAGGGAGUUUAAUAAUGCGAGCAAGGGCGAGAGGAAGCCGAGGAAGUAG